AUGUUGACAGAUUCCAAAGAUUUGACCAUGCAUGUCCUCAGGAAGCUUGGAUAUUUUGACGACUUGAAUGCUGAUGAACACGAGGCGUUGUUCUGUUUCACCAAUGCCAUGGGCAACAAGCAUACCUUGAGGAAGAUGGACCUGCUGCCUCAUCCAGCAGACCGCAGUCAGGAUGUAAGAGAGAAGUUGCGAGCCGCAUUUCUCUCUCACGCAUUCUCAGGCCAAUGGCAAGUUGUCCACAUGGAUGACAAUGCCAUAAUGUUUGUGCAGCAAAUUUUGUGGAAGGAAGGCCUUCUCACCGAAUCACAACUCACUUGUACACAGUAUGAACUUAUUAGACCCAUGAAGGCCUAUGCAAAGAAGUAUGGGCUAAGACUCAUGGAAUCCUUCAAUGCGCUUGCAUUUCAAAUUCAACACCACAGUAAUCAAAAUCCAGACAAGAGACCCAUGAUAGACUUUGAAAGAUGA